ACCCAUCAAACUAUAUAAAUAUCUCUUAUUUGAAAUCCUUCAAUCAUUUCUUUAAUCACUUACCAUCUGGGUAGUCUUCGUAGACACAACUUAAAAUGGAUAUCCUUUCCGGCAUUUUUGUCAUAUGUGCUUUACUCGGCAACGUGUUUGGCGAGAAGCAACAGUGCUCAAGGUACCAUUAUGAGGCUCAAACACUGGAGAGAAUUAUCAAAGCCGAGUUCACUAUUGCAGAGUUGAAAAAUAAAAUCGAUGUACAUCAAUCGAAAAAUACCGACGAUCAUUCGAAAUUAGAGCAAAGAGUUGAACUUAUUCAGAAGGCUAUGAAUAAAGUCGUCGAAAAUAUAACCGAGAUAAAAGUUGAAAAACAAUCCGUGGAGGUCAGUUCUAUGAGGCAAUAUUGUACUUCAGACGAUAUGUGCAGUGACGUUGAAAAUGCUGAAUGUAAAAGAUUGGCAUGUAAAUGUAAACCCGGUCUUAGCUACCACCAUGCCACAAGAAAAUGUCUCUCAGAUUGUGGAGAUUCUCGAUAUGGUAGUACAUACCAAGUAGAAGUGAACACGUAUCUUAGCGGGUUCAAUACGAACUCGAUAAAACCAGUCACUAUAGAGGAAUGUGUGAACAACUGUACAAACAUUAAAAAAAUAAUAUGCAGAACAGCGGAAUACGAAGCAAGCAGUAAAGAUUGCCGCAUAUCCUUUGAAACUUUGCAUACAAACCCCGAAGCCAUCGGAUAUGACAGCAAUUAUGUUUUACAUACACGAGAUUGCAAUUAAAACUAUAAAGAAUGAAAACUAGAAAAAACCUAUAGAGUCUUGCUGAUUAUAAUGUCAAAUGUUCUUCUUCUGCACUAAUUGCUAUUUUCUUAGCAAACAAACAAACAAACAAAAACAUACAAUAACUAACUAGCUAACUAAACAAAUAAAUAAACAAUC